AUGGCCAUGGUCGAGUCUUCGGUGUACUCUUCGAUCGUGGCAGCCUACGUCUCAGCACACAUGCUGCGCAGCGGUGGGCUUCUGAUCUUGCCAGGUGCCGCAGCUGCCUGGUCGCCCACUGCUUGGAGCUUGCCUUACGGUGCGGCCAAGGUGGCAGUGCAUCACCUCGUUCGCUCCUUGGCAGAGAACUCCCUGCCUGGAAGCGCCAAGACCAUUGGCUUGGCCCCGCAGAUCCUGGACACUGCCCAAAAUCGCCAGGCCAUGCCAGAUGCUGAUGUAAGCACCUGGGCUACUCUUGAUGAAGUGGCGGAGCAGAUUGAGUCCUGGUGUGGAGAUCCUGAGGCGGUGCAAACUGGGCAUGUCUAUCUCAUUGACAAGAAACCUGGCUUGAAAGCCACAUUUGAGGCGCGCAAGCCUCUGUAG